AUGCACUACACACCCGAGGGUGCAGAGGCGCUCAACGCGCUGCUGCUGGUUGUGCAAGGCGAAGCCGAAAACGUACUCAAGUCAAUGCUGCCAGAGUUCUCGCCGAGAGCAGUGGCAGCAACAGCCGCACCAGCCACUGCUGCCAGUGACCACGAUGUGGAUGCCGAUGCCAAUGGUGAUGGCGCCGAUGCCGAUGGCGAGAAGAAGCCCAAGAAGACGCAACAGGAAACGGAGGAACACAGGCCAGCGCCAACAGUCAAGGCGUCGUCAUUCUACGGCGCUCGGUCCAAGACACGGGCAAGUGCACCAACCAACGAACAGCGCGCUGACAGCACGGCAAAACGAACAGCAGCGCAGGCCACAGCUGCAGCCUCGGCUCCAAAGUCCCCGAAGGCUCGCGUGUCCAAGCGAUUGGGUAGACCCGUCCACACUUCGCCGGCUGUCAACAGCCCGCGUGUCAACGACAGCAUCGACAGUCCCGCUGCCAAGCGCAACAAGGCCGGUACCAGCACAGGCACGGGCACGGGCACGCAUGCGUCCCCCGCCCCGGCAUCAGGCGAUGCAUACGACUUUGAUGUUGCAGAUACACCAUCUCCCGCUCAAACGACACCGCGUGCGUUCCGGCGAACCGCGCGCAAGGGCCUGCAACUGAGAGGUGGUCGACAGCGGACAAAGGCAACACAUGCAGACCUGUUCAGUGACCUCGCUUGA